CAUCAGAUUUUUAAAGUGCCAUAGUUGAAUAUUUAGGGCUAAUGCCAGUUUAUUCUGGAUGAGCUUAUUAAUUAAAAUCUCUUGGGUUCAAGAGAUUGCAUCAAUGUGCAAUUAUACUAAGACAAUAUAUUUCUAUAUUGCAUUUAUAUUAUAUACACUAAUGUUAUGAGGAUAUUUCAAAUGUUUAUAUUACUGUUGGAUGAAUUUGUUUGGAGAUAUAUAUAUAUUUAACUGAGAAAUACUAUAAAGAAAGAAGAAUGAAGAGCAAAUAUUCUUGAAGCUAUUUGAAUUUCAAAAUAAUAAAGGCAAAGAGAUACUGUUUCUUCAGUACAAAGAUAAAUAGAGGCUAACGUGGAUACGUGAAUAACGGCAAUACCAGCGAAAUGAUACAGGAUUUGGAUGAUUAAUGGAAAAAGUCAAACGUUCAAGAUUAAGAAGUAGACAAUGAAGGAAACAAUGGUGCAACAAACGGGACUAGAGCAAUCUAUUUAAAUUAGAGAAGUUUCUUGAGAUUACUUCCAGUGAAGUAUCUGCAGCAGGUGCUAUUUUUAUAUGAAGUUGACAAUAUACACGGAAGCGCGUAUACUCGCUCGACGAAGAAUCAAGACCGAGACACAACGUGGGAACGGAGCCAUGUAUUCAUUGAAACGACCAAAUAGACUGAAAUAAUCCAAAUAAAAUUUUGUAAUGCGUAUUUUAUUAAGGAAGUAUCGCAAAGAGAUGUAUAUUCAGGUGACGACAAGCUUUAUGAAUAAAGUACGGAGAAAAGCAUGUACAAUGGAUAAUUUGAGAUAAGCGACCAUCUAUUGAUUUUGGAGGUAAAAGUUACGUCGAAGAAAAUAGCGCCGGAGAGAUAGAGUAAGAGUGAGAGAGGAGAAAGAAAAAAAAUGUGAGAAAUUUCGCGCGCGAAGAGGAGAGCGAGAAGAAACGUGACGAAAAGUUGUGCGCGGUGUGCGUUCUCGAGCGUUCGGAGUCGAUAAAUAUGCCCCCAUGUGCCGCGUGCGCGCGUGUGUAUACAUACCUUCCCGCCAUUAUCGCGCCGCGUAGUGUUUCAUUCUUAACGUGGCCGGGCGGUCUGCCUGACUCCCCUCCGUAGUGGCCGCAAUGGACUCGCCCGUCGUUUUCAAUCUCGUUCACGGGACGGCGAUUACUCGCCGCGCUCGCGACGCAACUCGCGUACGUACGUUGGCGCGCGUCGCGGAGGUGGUGAAGAAAUCGCGCGAUUUCGCGGACGGACGGCCGCAGGCGGUACAACGUGGGGACAAGGUGCCACCGUGUCGUCGACGAGCGACGACUUACCGCGCGCGCGGUGUUGUUUUGGGUUCGGCCAUUUUUCGAGUGGGGAAGGUUAGGGAGUCUCGCGCGCUGCGGUGUGUGUGCCGAGGUGCGUGUGUGUGUGCACGUCGAACGCGCGCUCGCGGGAAAGAGGCAGCCUCCUCGCCGUCAUCGUCAUCGUCCGGGUGUCGAGCUUCCUGUCGAUCGUGCCUCGACCCGCGAGACUCCCCCGCGGCAAGUCUGCCUUUGUCAGCCAUGUGCAUUGCGGCGCAUCGUUCAAAACGUCCUCGCACCCCCGUGGCGGCCAGCCAAUAGGGCGCCAGGCGCCGUGGCCACGUGACCGCGGCCGGCCAAUCGGCGUGGCGGGAUUUGAAAUCUUGUGGUCUUUGUUCACGGGCCAGCUCGUGUCAACCAACGUUGCCUCAGUUCCGUCAAGGGGGACCCGUGUCGGUGUACGUUUAUACAUGGUCGCUGCGCCGAAAAUUUCGACUGCGACUCGCAACGUAAAUAUAUGUGUGAAAGUGUCGGCGGACGCGGACAGGCCAGUGUGAUUCGGAAAACCACGGACGCGCAGUAUCGAUAUACGGUAGGUCUGGCGCCAUUACAUUAAGCGCCGCGUGAAUAUCGCCCCGUGAAAGUGUUGUUGCCCAUUCUCGUGUCUCGUCUCUUCUCGUCUCGUCUCGUCUCGUCCCGUUCCAUCCGUCCAGUCUCGUUCCGAGCGAUUCUCGCCGGUGCGCGCGCGCGCGUUCGUUCGCUCACAUUCUCUCUCUCUCUCUCUCUCUCGCGCCGUCUGUCAAGAAGAACGAGAUUGUAUACGUGUAUAUAUUGGAGCCAGACACAACGAGCGAGAUCGACGACGCUGUUGUUUUUUUCUCCUCUUCUCGCCCACCCGCCUCGUCUCCUCUCGUUUCGGACUGUGACUCUGGGUUACACGUUGGGUGAACGUUCGCGCGAUCGUGGAAAAGAAAGAAAAAAAAAAUAAUAAUUCGUCUCGUUACGUCCGCUCGUCGUCGCCUCCGACGUUUCUCCCGUCGCCGGUCGCUAUCCUCGUCUCUCUCUCUCGCGGUCGAUCCGCGGUUAUUUCGACGCGACGACUACGGCGCUCGAAUCCCGCAGAUCGUAAUCGCGCGUUGCAACGACGAUCGGCCGCCGUCGUUGCCGGCUAGGCGUAAACAAUCAGGGGCCGCCUCUUCCGCCUUGUGUCAAAACCGCUCGUGGCGUGAAUGAGCGGCUCAUGGGCGCGGGAGUACGGCGCCGUAAAGUUUCGGCGGGAAGAGUGCGUGACACGAGAGGGAGAGAGAAAGAGACAGAAAACGCGUUGUGGUUCGUUUUCAGUGUGCGCUUUAAGAUUGUGCUUCUCGCAUGGUUCGUCUCUCCUCUUUUCGCGUUGGAGAGAGAGUGAUAGAGGAUAGAAGAUAGAUGAGGAACGAACCGUUAAUUAUUAGGCGCGGAGAAUGCCCAAAAAAAACAACGGCAGUGUGAAUACUCGCGCGCAUUGACGGAUGUCGAUGUACGAGAAAUGCAUACGCAACAAAAACGGCAUCGGAUAGUCGAGUGAAUGGAAUUGGAUACCGUAAAUGCGUACAAUAUCGGGAUGGAGGGAUUGUCUGGGGAUCUGUCAUGGGACUGCCUGUUCGGCAGCGACAGCAUCUCGGACGCCUUACAAGGUCGCCCAGAGAUGUUACACAUGGGUAUACGACGUUGCGAUAAUACGGGCCAAGUUGGUUGGCUCGGUCCAGGUCUUGGCUUCGACUUCGACGACGUCCUGACGGAACCCGAUGAAGAUCCACUCGCCUUCAAUGAUAAGAGCCGCAGCUCGAAUAGUAACCUGGAGGAAUUGAAUCUGGACAGUGACAGCGAGUUGGCUUUGACGUUGGAUCCGAAUUUGAUACUGCCGCGCAACAUGCCUAUCCGCAGCCCCGCGACAAACAGCGACGUAGCGAUACUGGAGACGACGAGUGUGGAGGAGAACGCCGCCGAAAACGAGGGGGAAGAAACGGAGAACGAAAGUGAAGUCGAGCGAACUGAAAAUGAUGAAGAAAACGAAAGCGAGGAGGAGGAGGAGAUCGAGAAUGAAGAGAACGAACACAACGAGUCGGAGUAUGAGACGGAGGAAGAGGAAACGGAGGAGGAGGAAGAAGAGGAGGACGAGGAGACGGAGGACGAUGAGCAGGACACGGCCGUUCAACAGCCGCUCACACCCCUGAGCGUGGAAGCGCCGACGUCGAUAUCGUCGUCGUCGGCGGCUAGCGUCAGCGCCAGGACGUUAACCGCUACCGCCAUCACCACCUCCUCGCCGACGAUACAGCUGACGAGGUUGCACCACCCCAAUAAAAUAAGCACUAUAUCUGCCACAGUCAAGGACAUCAAGAUGCUCGCAGCUAAUCCGGGAGGUCAGGCGUUGCAACAGAUUCGCAAACAGAUGUCCUACAACAACAACGUGCACGAUGUCAGUACGGGUGCGACAACAACGGUGAUGAUACAGGCGGCAAAGCGCGAGAAGGACUUAACAACGGGGCACCGCGAUAACUCUUAUCCGAAACCUGCUUACUCGUACUCGUGCCUCAUCGCAAUGGCGCUGAAGAACAGCCGAACGGGAUCGCUACCGGUUUCCGAAAUCUAUAACUUCAUGUGCCGGCACUUUCCCUACUUCACGACCGCACCGACUGGCUGGAAAAACUCCGUGAGGCACAAUCUGUCGCUAAAUAAAUGCUUCGAAAAGAUCGAGAAGCCGCCUGGCAAUGGUAGUCAGCGAAAGGGUUGUCUCUGGGCUAUCGCUCCAUCGAAGGUGGCCAAGAUGGAUGAGGAGGUGCGGAAAUGGUCGAGAAAGGAUCCGACUGCGAUCAAGCGGGCCAUGGUGAAUCCCGACCAGUUGGAGCUCUUGGAACGGGGCGAGAUGAAGUACGAGGGCGACAGGCACGACGAUGCGUACGAGGACGCGGAGAGUUACGCAGAUUCCGAGACGGGUGGUUCCGCGGUAGACGAGGUCAUCAACGACGACGAGAACGUUACGUACGACGAGGCCAAGCAGAUCGACAUCGUCGACGACGAUAUCGUCGUGGAGCAGCUCUACGAGGACCUCGAUCUCGUGGACGCCGCCGACUUGCUCGACACGCGACUAAAUGACUUCCCUAGACAGGAGGUCAAUAGGGAUGGAUUAAUGUACCAGAUAGUCUCGUGCGCGAAGCGUCAGAAGACGCUCUCGGGUUCGCCGAUACAGAGCGAUUACGUUUACCAACAGGUCGACGCGGCGUCGCCCCGGAAGAAGCCGCAUCUCGUUGCGAUACGGCCCGGAGGUACCGCUCCGAUUGCCGGUUCACUCCUUGAGGCGGAGUAAAUUCCUGGGACAUUUAUACGAUCUCCUAUUUAAAUAAGCUAUACACAUGCGGCCAAGUACACAUCCCCUUUUUUAUUGCCAGACUGUUGUAAAUAAAUUGCGCCCUGUGACUUUUUUUACAGCCUGAGAUUUUGUAAAUAAUUGUGUUUUAUACGACGAUGUACCUUUUUUAUACAGUGCGCUUGUGUACAUAACUGUAAUUUUAUAAAUGUACAAAUAUCUGUACAUACACAAUGUACAAAGGCUACCUUUUUUUUUUAGAACCGUAAUGUGGGACCAGUCCGUAGGCAUGCGCGUAGAAAACAUUUUCAAAGACAAGUGGUUAUUUAAUAUUACACUACGCAUAUUCGCAUAUUUGCGAGAAAAUAGCCAUAUACAAGCGAGAAAAAUUGUAAACCGAUUGGUUCCCGGGAUCGAACGUAACGCCUGGUGCUUACCCGAGGCAACUGUUGUAUUACUCUGCGCUCGCCUAACAUGUCUAACGGCGCCACCACAAUUUUAUAAUAAACAUUUUUUAAUAAACAUUAUUUUCUCGAUUUUUUAUUUUUUUGCGAAUCUCGAAAAUACGGGACACAUAGGAAUAAUACACGCGUCAGCUUCCACGUACCGUCCGCGAUAGAAAAUAAAUUAGCAAAAACACGAAGCUCACGAAUCGUCACUGCCAAGAUGGAGUAAGAUAAAAUACGAACGUAGCGGAUAACAUUUGUAGAUUACUAUAAAGAUACGACACGCGAUCUCAUACCGAUCCUUCGAGGACUGUAACUAUUUCAGUGCUAUUCCUUCAUGCGUGAUUAUAACGUACAAUUUUUUGAGAAUCUUGUUUUUUUAUGAAAUAUCGUCGUAUUUAGCCUCCUCGUGAAGUUUAUAAUUUUUAUGUAUUAUACAUGUAUUGACUGAUAUUGCUAAUUAUAACAAUAGGAGCUCCCUAAUUUAUUUUAAUUUUAAUUGAUAUCAUCCAGAUUUUUACGUGAACUAUUGCAUGAUUCCAAAUUUACAAAUUGAAGAAGAUACGACUGCUGGAAUAUGGAUGAAGUUUCAACGAUGAAAUCUUAUUUUCCUCUCAUAUAUUUUUGGAUGUCAAAACUCUUUGAUAAUUCGAUUCGAAUGAGUGAAUUUGUGGAUUUCAAGGAUUUCAUCGUUAAAAAUUUAUCCCCUGCAUGGAUGAAGUUUCGAUGAUAAUAUCGUAUCUUUUUAAUUGACAUAUUUUUUGGAUUUCAAAAAUACUCGAUAAAUUCCAACAUGAAUUUUUCGUAGAUUAAAAAAGUUUUAUUACGGAGAUUUCAUCUUCUGUCUGAUGAAAUUUUAAUGAUAAAUCUUUUUUCUUCGUGUAAUUUUUAGCUGUCAAAAAUUGUCAAUAAAUUCCAAAUCGAUAAAUUUGUCGAAGAUUUUAAGGAUUUCAUCGUCGACAUUUCGUUUGGUUGCGACACGGCGUAUUUGCAUUUUGUAUUUGUAUAUCGUUCGCUGCGUUCGAACGUAAUUUCAUUCCACGCGAGCAAGACCAAGCUCUAACGCUUACAAGGCAUUUAGAUAAUCGAUAAACAAACAGGCGAUUGUGAAUGAGAGAAAGAGAGAGAGAGAAAGAGAGAGAUUGAUAGCGUAAGGUAGCAAUUAAAUUAAAGUAGCGUAGAUUUUGUACCUGUUUGUAAUAUUUCUAUAUAACGUUAAUGAGUGUGUAACUUUCGUGUAAAUGCACGAAAUUAAUGCGUAAAAAAUGAUGUAUAUGUGCAAUGACUGCAAUUUUGUAAUAAAAUAUUGAUAAGUGUA